AUCCCUGAUCGAUAAAUGGCAAUUAGUUAUCGAUGUGCGACAGAAAUCUAGGAGCACUAAGCCAUUUGCGAUCUGGAAAUAGAGGGAAACACACGAAAGUGAAAUAAAACUCAUCACCACAUUUUCACUUGUACGUAAUUGCUGGUGUUUUAUUUACCCCCUCACCAGAUCGGGAAUCAACAUUUUUUAUUUCACUUUCGUAACAAGGAAAGUGGCGGAAGUGAGCUGCAUGUUGGGUUAGCUGGACCCCCGCGCGGUGCGCUGCAUUAAGACUACCGAGGCUGUGUAUAGCCCAGCGAGAAUAAUAAGAGGUUUAGCAUCGGUUAGAAGUAGAAGCAAGGUGGAUUUCGGUAAGUGCCUGUGAGUUAUUGAUUUGGCGUUAGGGUUCGUAGUGGGUCGUUACCAUAACCUAAAACUGUGAGUCCAACUUUUGAAAACGUGGAGCGAAGCCAUUUUGUUGGGACCUUCGACACUGAUUCGUUGUUAAUAAAAUGCCUACUACACGUUCGACAACGAGUAAGGAAAGGGAGGGCGAUAGUAACGACGAGCUGAACAAUACUGUUUGUGAGCAUCCGGCAGGAAAUUCGCAAGGGGAGUCGACGAUUGAAAUGAGGCUAAACGAAAUUAUGAUGCAGAUGAAAAGCUUGCAAGACGAGAUGCAACGUAUAAGGCAACCACAAAGCGUUAUUCAGUUAGAAGCGAAUCAAAUAACGAAUACAGUCGAUUCGGAAAGUAUAGGUGUAAUUACUACGGCAUCCAGCGAAGUUGGCCACUCUCAGCACAAUUCCAGCAUGGGGAGAGCACAUAAAUUGUAUGAUUUACCUGAGUUUGAUGGUCGUCCGGAAGAUUGGCCAAUGUUUAAAGAAACGUUUGCGAUGACAACGGCGGAGUAUCAAUAUAGCAAUCCGCAAAAUAUGAUGCGAUUACAAAGGGCGAUAAAAGGAAGGGCUCGCGAAGCUGUUGAAUGUCUGUUGAUUCACAGUAGAAAUGUCCCGCAAAUUAUGAGCACCCUGCAGGAAUGUUUUGGAAGGCCUGAGUUGUUGGUGAAAAGUCAAAUAAGCCGAAUAAGAAGCAUUGCGCCGAUAUCUGAGAACAGGAUAGAGCAGCUAAUAACCUUUGCAACAAAAGUUCAAAAUUUGUCGUCAUUUCUCCAAGCAGCUGAGUGUGACCAUCACCUUUCGAAUCCGACACUUAUGGAAGAGCCUUUGAUGAAGUUACCCGUGCAAAGACGAAUAGAAUGGGCACGACAUACAGCAUCAAUCGUUCCAAGGCCAACUAUUUGUCAUUUUAGCACUUGGUUGCAGGAGCUUUCUAGAAUCGUGAGUACUGCGUGUUCGUUUUCGAGCUUAGAGCCACGUCCAAAUAGGGUCGAGGGGCGUACUAGAUUUUUUUAUGCAAAUGAAACUAACGCUAGCAGUAACAGAAACGAUAGGUGUGAUGCUUGUUCUGAGAAGCAUACGCUCAGCAAGUGUAAUAAGUUUUUAGGCAUGAAUUAUGUUGAAAGAUGGCGGUUGGCUCGUAGCAAAAAAGUUUGUUUUAAUUGUUUAAAGGGUCACCAUCGUAGUAAUGCUUGCACGGAACAGCAUGAAUGCAAUAAUAGUGGGUGCACGCGUAGAGUCCAUAGUUUGCUUCAUGAGACACAUGAGAGAAAUCGUUGGCAGCGGAACAAUUAGGCGAUGCAACAGACACCGCAAGUAGGAUUGCAGAAAGAAGCAGAGCAGCAACAACAAUUAGAGCCGCAGUCUCAACAGGUAUUUACGAGCACAAUUGGGUUCAGUCCACUGAUGAAACUUAUUUUUAAAUACUGCCAGUGGUACUAUAUGCUAAGGGGAAAGAAAUUAAAACGUUUGCAUUCUUGGAUGAGGGUUCAGCGAUAUCCUUGAUUAACUGCGAUUUGGCAAGGCGUCUCGGCUUAGAAGGAAAAAGCGAAACGUUGACAUUGCAGUGGUUUUAAAAUGCGACCGUAACAGAAGUCUCCCAGCGAGUAGACAUGCAUAUUUCAGGUAUCGGGAAGAACCGAAAGAGAUUUUUAAUGCAAAAUGUUAGAACGGUAUCUAAUUUAAAGUUGCCAAAACAAACAAUUAAUUUUACAGACUUGCAUUACAAACAUCGAAAUUUGACGGUUAGUCAGUACGCUAACGCAGUGCCCGAGUUGCUGAUUGGUUUAGACAACGCGCAUUUAGGAAUUCCUAAACGAACGGCUAAUGAUGGGAGCCGAGGGUAUGCAGUUGUGCUAACGAAAUUAGGAUGGGUCGUUUAUGGAGCAAGAGGCAUGCAAUCGACCAAGGACCAUCAAUACACGUUUUUCGCGAAUAUAGGGGACAAUCAGGAUGACAUGGAAAGGCUGGUGAACGACUAUAUCGUAAACGAAAACAUGUACGUAAAGGAUGUGCAGUAUGUUGCAGAGGCGACGGAAAUCAGUAAGGCGAAGCGCAUACUUGAAGCUACAACUAAGCGAGUUGACGAGUCACGGUUUGAAACAGGCUUGCUAUGGAAAAACGAAAACAUUGAGUUACCAGAUAGUCGGAAAAUGGCCGAACAGAGGUUUUAUAUGUUAGAAAAAAAGUUUGAGAACGAUGUCAACUUGAAGAACGCUUACACUCAAAUUAUGGCACAGUACGAAAAAAAGAGUUACUCACGAAAGCUAACCAAAACUGAAGCUGCUGAAGAAGAGUAUCGCACUUGGUAUUUACCUCACUUCGGAGUACAUAACCCCAACAAGCCUGGUAAAUUGCGAUUGUCUUCGAUGCUGCAGCGAGAGUACAGACGGUGUCCUUAAACUCAGUAUUAAUGUGCGGACCAGACUUAACGCAGCCAUUAGCAGCUGUAUUGAUGAAGUUUAGACAAAAGCCAGUAGGAGUAUGUGCGGACAUCACCGAAAUGUUCCACCAGGUGAUGAUUCGAAAAGAAGAUCAGCAAGCGCAGCGUUUUCUCUGGAGGACUCAAAGAGAUAAGCCAUUGGAGGUGUAUGCGAUGAGCGUUAUGAUAUUCGGAGCAACCUGCUCACCUUGUUCAGCACAAUUCGUAAAAAUUAAAAACGCGGAAGGUUUUAGAAAACAAUUCCCGAAGUAGUAGCUGCCAUAAUUGAGAACCACUAUGUCGACGACUUUGUGCAUUGUUUCUCUAGUGAAAAGGAGGCGUUCAACAUAACUAAACGAGUUGUAGAAAUUCAUAAAAAUGGAGGUUUCGAAUUGCGAGGAUUCGCCUCCAAUUCCAAACUCAUUACGAAUAUGAACGAAAGUGAAACCAUGUCAUCCAUCGUUAAUCUUGACAGAGAUAAUGCGGAUUUAUUCCAAAAGGUACGCGGUAUGUAUUGGGAUACCGACAACGACGUCUUCAAGUUCGUCCUAUCGUUUGGUUAAGUGGAUCCUGCUCUAUUGAAAGGAGAUAGAAGGCCAACGAAACGCGAGGUGCUAAAAACCACUAUGUCACUAUUUGAUCCCUUUGGAAUAGCAGCCGGUUAUACACUGGAGGCUAAGUUAAUACUGCAAGCUAUUUGGCGUGAGCGUACGGAAUGGGAUGAACAUAUAUCAUGUGGCGUGUAUGAAAGCUGGAAGAGUUGGUUACGGCUGUUGAAGGAGCUUGCGCAAAUAAGCAUUCGUCGUUGCUAUGGUACUUUCUUCUCAGAUGCAAGUGAAGCAGCUUACGCAGCAGUCGCAUAUUGGAGGAUUCCAACGGAGUUAGGUAACGCUUCAUUGCGGGGAAAACUAAAUGUGCACCUCUUAAGUUGGUAUCGGUGCCACGGCUGGAGCUACAGUCAGCAGUGCUUGCAACACGUCUCAAGCAAAGCCUAGUAAGUUACCACAAUUAUAAACCGGCUAGAGUAUUCAUGUGGAGCGAUUCGAAGACGGUCAUAUCUUGGAUCAAAUCAGAUUAUAGACGCUAUAAGGCCUAUGUCGCGCACAGGGUGAAUGAAAUUCUGGAAGGGAGUAGCAUUAGCGAAUGGAGGUGGCUACCUAGUGCGACAAAUCCGGCUGACUUUGGCACACGGCGAAAGAACGUAAAACGCGAAUCGUUUUGGAUAAGUGGCCCGAAAUUCCUUACGCAGGACGAAUCAAAUUGGCCUCCGAAUGAAACAUGCCAUAAUACUGAUCUAGAAAUACGCAGCAAAUAUCCAACCAUUUUAAUAAGAAAUGUUUUUACACCUUUUAAAAAAUUUUCAUCACUUAUUCGCUUAAAAAUAGUAGCCUGGGUCCUCCGGUUCCUGGGUAAUUGCCUAAAAGAUUAAGUGAGACAUAUUUAUGGAGUCCUACGCAUUAACGAGCUAAGACGAGCUGAAGAGGUAAUAUUUCGAAGAACGCAAAUGGAAGCCUUCCCUGAGGAAUAUGGUGCACUGAGGGAGGGAAACCCAAUAAAGAAGAGCAGUGCGUUACUAACAUUUAGUCCGUAUAUAGAUGGUGUUGGGUUGAUGCGAGUAGGAGGGCGAAUAGAUGCGGCUGAAGCAGUUCCCCUAUAUACACGACGUCCUGUUAUCUUACCGAGAGAACACUACGUAACUCAACUAGUAAUCGAUUUUUACCAUAGACUGUGGAAGCAUCAGAACGAGAGUUUAAUAGUAGAAAUACGGCGGAAGUAUUGUAUACCACGAAUUAGAACAGAAGUGCGACGUGCUGGAAAAAGGUGGCAGGUCUGCAAAAACACAAGAACAGCCCCUUCUCCGCCGUUGAUGGGCCAAUUGCCGUUGGAUCGUCUAACUCCGUUUGUUAGACCUUUUUCGUAUGCGGUCUGGAUUAUAUGGGACCGUUCAAAAUAGUCAUAGGGCGACGUAGUGAGAAGCGAUGGAUUGCACUUUUCACGUGCCUGACAAUACGCGCCAUCCACUUGGAGGUCGCCAAAGAUCUUUCCACAGACAGCUGCUUAAUGUGCAUCCGUAACUUUAUGAAUGGACGAGGAAUACCUAUUCGAAUACGCACGAAUAAUGCAACGAAUUUCGUUGGUGCAGAUAAUGAACUAAAAUGGCAACGCAUACAGUUCGACAAUGAUAAAAUUUCUGAUGCACUUUCGACCAAAAAUAUCGAAUGGAUCUUCAACUGUCCUCUAAAUCCCCAUGCUGGUGGGUGUUAGAAGCGUCUAGUUCGCAGUGUGAAGAGAGGCAUUGGUCACCCGCUCUAUAAUGAAAAUCUACAGGAGCACACGCUAUACAGUCUCAUGUGCGAAGCUGAAAAUAUUGUGAACUCGAGGCCACUGACUCACAUUCCCCUUGAUAGUCCCACUGUUGAACCACUAACCCCGAAUCACUUUCUCAUAGGUACCCCAAAUACUGAGCAGACACCGCACCCUCAUGAUGAAAAACAUCGAGCUACCCGGAAGCAGUGGCAUAGAGUGCAGCAAAUGCAGCAACGGUUCUGGAGGAAGUGGAUGACGGAAUAUCUUCCUGACUUUACGCGCAGACCGAAAUGGCAUCAACCCGUAAAACCACUGGAAGUCGAUAACCUUGUUCUCGUAUGCGACCAGAAUACCCAUCGUUCAAUGUGGCCCUUGGGUCGCAUUACCAAAGUGUUUCCUGGGAAGGAUGGCCAAGUAAGAGCAGCGGAAAUACGAACGUCGACCGGUAUAAUCAAACGCCCGGCCUGUAUCCUAGCCAAAUUAGAAGUUGGUGAAUCUGGGUAGAUUCACGGGGGCGGGGAUGUUGGCUUUCAUAUAAACUGUGUAGUAUUGUUUUUGAUGUGAACCUUGGGUAAUACCGUCCUUUUA